GGCGAGCAUUUUGCAGAACACGCAGUUUAGGAUUGAAAGAGUGACGGCAAGUUUCUAGGAGAUUGAAACUCGAUCUUCCGUUAGUUCCAUCGCGUUUUCCUCGGAACUUUAUUGACUGACAUCUAGGUUAUUCCUGCGAAAGAAGAUCCAAACUGAUGCCGCAUUCAAGCGUUGGAUAAACGCGAAAGGGAGAGAUUGAAUAACAAAAAUGAGAAAUUAUUGCAUCUGGAAUUGCAUCCUUGUUUCGAACUUUCUAUUACUACGAAUUGGAAACGUCGAUGGAAUUCAAGUAUGGGGCAUGCAAUUUGGACGUGCUCCGCUUUUGGAGAAAUUCAUCUGGAAAAAAAUGGAUUUCGCUUAUCCCGAUGAGCGCAGCCGACAAUUAGCGAUAGCAAGUGGUGAAUACGUGCCGGAGAAUUCUCUGCCAGUCGGCAUCGAAAUCUGGAGGAAUAAGCUAUUCGUCACGAUACCACGAUGGCGCGAUGGAAUACCGUCCACGUUGAAUUAUAUACCGUUGGAUGCUAAUCAAGGUAGAUCGCCAAAGCUUAUACCUUAUCCAAAUUGGGCCCAAAAUAAGGCGGGUGAUUGUGGUAGUGGGUUGACCACUGUUUACAGGAUUCACGUAGAUAUAUGUGAUAGACUGUGGGUGUUAGAUACUGGAACAAUAGGAAUUGAUGAAACAACUAUACAAGUCUGUCCUUAUACUUUGAACGUGUUUGAUUUGACCACAGACAAGUUGUUGAGACAAUACAGGCUCAGAUCGGAAGACAUUAAUCGAAACACUUUUAUCGCCAACAUCGCGAUUGAUUUGGGAAAAGGCGGUUGCAACGACGCCUUCGCUUAUAUGUCCGAUGAACUUGGCUACGGUCUGAUCGUGUAUUCGUGGCAGCAAAAUACAUCCUGGCGAAUAACGCAUAGUUAUUUUAUGCCGGAUCCUCUGGCGGGUGAUUACAAUAUAGGAGGCUUGAAUUUUCAAUGGGGAACUGAAGGUAUUUUUGGAAUGAGUUUGUCGCCAAUAUUAGCAGACGGCUAUCGGACACUUUUCUUUCAUCCCCUUAGCAGCUAUCGAGAAUUCGCGGUAUCCACGAGGAUUCUAAGAGACCAGCAGCUGUCUCAAAACAGUUAUCACGAGUUUCAGGCGUUGUCGUCGAGAGGUCCGCUCUCUCAUUGCACAGCAUCCGUAAUGGAUGAGAACGGACUUCAGUUCUUCAACUUGAUCGAUCAGAACGCAAUCGGCUGUUGGAAUUCGAUGUUACCUUAUGCGCCGAUCAAUCAGGCUAUCGUUGCCAGACACGACGAGGCUUUGAUAUUUCCAGCAGAUAUUAAGGUAAAACGCGGUUUACUCUGGAUCAUGUCCGAUCGAAUGCCGAUCUUCUUACUGUCAUCCCUGAAUUACACGGAUGUGAACUUCAGAAUACUUACCAUGCCGGUUCAAACAGCAAUCGCCGGGACGGUCUGCGACAACAUCCUGUGGAGAUUUACUAAAAAUCAAAUUUGGUAGUAUUCACAUUUCUUUCACUAUGUAUAAAUUUCCACACUUUUGAUUUACAGUAUAAAAGCAUCGGUUAUAAAAGCAUUUGAUCGCAUUUUACGCGUUUGAGAAAUGUAAUUUUCAGUAAACUGAAAAA